AUGUGUCGAUAUCCAGAGAAAAUACUUCGCCGAAACAUGACAGGGGACUCCGUGCCCUUAGUUGACGACAGACUGCCUCAUGUUACUUUCGAAUCCUUCAGUCGUAGCCAGCGAGGCGGUUACACGAGACCGUUUCUAAGACCUGCAGAAGUGACUGACAGGUCGCAUCAUGAAAUCCAUCUCAAGCUCACAAUUUCACCUCGUGCUACACCAGUUGUUGGUUCACAGUGGCUGGUAGAAUGGUAUCACAAGUCGUUAAAAGGCAAACCUAAGGCAAACCACUCCUCAAACAUCAUCGGGAACUCCCACAGCAAGGGAGCAUCCGCAUCCACUAGUGAAUCGAUUUCCGCCAUCCUGACAAAGUACUCACGGAUGGUGCAUGAUGCACGACUAUCACCAGCCCCCCACCCCCAAAAAGCCUCGAACUUUCCCAAAACGACCAGGCGCAUGCUGAAAGAUAGAGCCCGAACCGGUUUGCUGUCCCUCCAACUCACAAAGCGGGAAUCAGACUUCGAUUUGGAAGUCACUAAUUCGCAACUAUUUGUCUCGUCUGCACACCAAUACGGCAAGCGAGCGCUUAAAGCCUUAGUCUCACGAAAGACGUUGCAUCGAUGUGCAGACGACUUGCAGCGCCGCAAAUCCCGGCCUAUUUACCGAGGUGAGAUCCCUGCGAGGAAUCAACCUGGGACACAGUUGAGCGAAGAAAAGCAUGGAAACAAAAGUGACGAUGGGGAUGACAACUUCAUGCACUUGGUCAUUGGAAACCCAUAUUGA